AUGUUUCAUGUUAUUUCUCUUACUCGAAAGUGUCUUCAUGGCUUGUAUUUUGAAGAAUCAGUUUCCUUUUUCCAGGAACGUGAUGAGAAUUCGAUGGAUCGGAUAAGUGAAUUGCCUGAAGAACUGCUUGUGCGUAUUUUAUGUUCUCUAUCCCUAAAGGAAGCGGCGAGAAACAGCGUCGUUUCACGAGUAUGGCGAGGUUUAUGGAAGUUCAUCACCUGUAGUCUAAAGUUUGAAGCUUCACAGACGUUUCGGCCGAAUCUCAAAGAGCUGCGGAAAGAGAGGGGUUGCUAUGUAGAAUGGGUUACUCACGUUCUGAACUCACAUGAAGCUCCAACUAUAGAUGAGUUGAGAGUUUCUUUUGAUUUAACUCAACGACAUAGUCAUAACAUCGACCGAUGGAUCGGGAUUGCAUUAAUGAAGAGGGUUAAAAGGCUUGAACUUGAUUUCACACCAUGCAGAUUGAUUCACUGGAACGACGGUGGACAUUACGUGUUUGCAGAUCGAUUUUGCGGUUCACCCGACAUUAAAUUCCUUACUAGUCUCUGUUUCAAACAUGUCGAAGUGAGCGGUACGGUUCUGGAGACUUUCCUUUCCGGUUGUCCCUUACUCGAAACGUUGCACGUCUCACACUCACCAUCGGAACGGCUAACGAAUCUGAAUGUUUGCGGUUCAUCGCUGAGGCUGAAACACCUGCUUAUAUCUUUCUGCAAUGCGAUCAAGAGCAUUGAAGUUCAUGCACCAAAUCUGGUUUCUUUUGAAUAUAGUGGAGAUGAAUCUAUAGCAUUGCGUAUAGGACUGAAAUAUGUUCCCAAGCUUCGUGAUGUAUCUUAUGGUAUACCUUACGGGGCACCAUGGGACUCCAUUAAAGGUGACUUCAACUUUUGUCAAGCCUUUCCAGCUGCCUAUCGGUCUCUGGAACAAGGUUAUGCAAUUAGACUGAAGAAAGGAAGCGAAGCCAUCGGGCGGUUGAUCGAUGAAGUGACGACGAUGAUAAACGACGACGGAAAACGAUCAAAGAUGCUGAACUUGAAGGUGGUGGAGAUAGAUGGCUUUGUUGGGGCUAAAGCAGAUAUUGCACUCCUUGUUUACUUGUUUUAUACUGCUUUAAACCUUGACAACAUUGUGAUCAACACUUGCCCUCCUCAAUGGGACUGUCCAAACCUGUUUGAUGUACAACGAAUGAGACAAGAAGAUGCUAGAAUGCUUGCCUAUUAUCUCAUCCUGGAGCAUCGACCUCAAGGACUUAAAUGUCUGGUGCUCUGA